GAAAAAGUAAUAUUCCAAACCAAAGUACUUUAAAUAUAGUCAGUCUUAUGAUUAACUUCUGAUUGAGAUAUCGAUCACAUUUUGAUAACUGAAUAACAUAAUACUUUGUUAAAGAACUGAACGUUUUUUUUUAUUUAAAAACCAUUGUUUUGUCGUUCUAAAACCACUUCUCACUGUUAUUGGUGGGGACAAUAAUAAUAAACGCAUCACUCCGGGCAGAAGAUAAAUACUGCAGGGGAGACACUUCUUGCUUGCAUACUGUCGAUCACAUUGAAAAUGAUCAGAACUAUACUUGAAAUUGCCGUUGUGUUUGCCACAGCAAGCUUACUUUAUUUCUUUGGUUAUCUCACUCCAGCCUUUAUCAUGGUGCCUCUCGUGAUCUUUCUUUUGGCUCAGGCCGAAAGCUAUCAGUUUAAUCCAGAAGGAAGAGCUGUGUUCAUCACAGGUUGUGACAGCGGCUUUGGUUAUCAGCUUGCUAAGCGAUUAGACAAAAUGGGAUUUUUGGUAUUCGCUGCCUGCCAGUUCCCUGAGAGAAAGGGAGCUUGCGAUCUUGUGAAUGAAUGUUCCAGUCGUUUGAAAGUCAUUAAAUUAGAUGUUACAAAAGACGAAGAUGUGGCACAGGCCAAGAAAUUCAUUCAAACAAACUUGCCAGAGAAAGGUCUUUGGGGAAUAGUGAACAAUGCUGGGAUUUCUGACUGGUCUGAAACACAAUGGAACAAUAUUGAACACUAUCACAAAAUGGCCGACGUAAACUUAUUCGGAAGCAUAAGGACCACUUUACCAUUCAUUUCCCUGAUCCGAGCCUCACAAGGCCGCAUGGUGUUUGUAUCCAGCAUUUUGGCUUUUUUUUACGCUCCAAACAUGGGUCCGUACAGUAUCACUAAAAGAGCUGUAGAGGCUUUUGCUGACUGCUUAAGGGUUGAAAUGGCCUGCUUUGGUGUAAAGGUCAGUAUCAUCCAACCAGGCAACUUUGGAUCAGUGACUAAUAUUCUGCAGGAAAAAAUGGCUGAGGACAUCUGGAAUCGGUUUGAUGAGGAGCAAAAACAGACAUUUAACAGACAAUAUAUUGAGCUGGUCACUGAAUAUGCUACAAAACUAAGAAGGGAAGGGAUUCAAGACAUUAAUAUGGUCAUAGAUGCUAUGGUAGAUGCUCUUACAUCUCGUAGACCAAAAACUAGGUAUUUGGUAGUAAACAUGUUUGAAAAGGUUUUAUUUUAUGCCUUUCCUUACUGGCCUACGUUUCUUGCUGAUGCUGUAUUUUCUCUCGGUGACAUGUACCAGAAAAGAAAACUGUUGCUCUUUUCCCCAGAAGGCAAUUGAAGCUAGCUAGGUUCUCAUUCAUUGGCCAGACUAUUCCAAGAAACACAAACCUGAGCUCAUAUUAAAAUAGCAUAGAAACUUAGUUGUAAGAUAAGUCACUACCUGAAUUUAUAAAUAUAUUUUAUUCAUUAAAUCUUUUAAGGAAUUAAGGGAUGCUCUUAAAGUUACAAAAAUAAGACAAACUUUCAAGUUUUUUAAUAAAUUUUCAGAUUAACAUGUUUCAAAUGGCCUCUCUUACCCAAAUAGUGUUAAUUUGUAUAAUUUCAUCAACUGAAGCAAUACAAAUGCUAUGGUUGGAUGUUCUAAUUAGUUUAUACAAAAUAAAGUUUUUUUUCCUACUGUGGUGUGAUGAAGAUACUGCACAACCUGAUAAACUACAUAAUUAUCUUUUUACAAGAUGGAACUGAGAAAACUUAUAUAUUGUGCAUCUCCCAGUUUCACAGUGACUUUAAGACAAAAUAAAUUAAAGAAUUCCCCAAAGAUAGUUUCCAAGUAGAAUAUGUAUUUUACAUGUUCUGAGAAAGCCUUAACUACAACAUAUAUACAGAGCUACUCUGGUUGGCUACAAUGGAUGAUACAGCAAGAAAUACAACAGAUACGGGAUUGGGUACUGAAUCAUAUCUCAUACAAUGUUAAGCCUCAAUUAUUUGCAAUGGCAGAAAUGAGAAGGUUCCAUACAGUACAUUUAAGCUAAGAAAUACAGAACAUAUGCAAAAGGUCUAUAGUAAUAUAGGCAGGGGUAUCCCAGUGAUCUGCACCUAUAAAAACUACACUGUGUCAGCUGUAGGAAGGAGCUUUAGUACUCUUCCAAAUCAUUUAACUCCAUGUCAGAAUGCGAAUUCUAGCCCUACACCUGUAUUUACGGCCAGCAGCCAUAUCAGCCUGCAACUUACACGUGGAAACCCACUGAAGC